AUGGACCAGUUCAAAAAGCUGCACAUCGUCGGCGUGGGAGUCACCCACUCCAUCGCACCCGCAAUGCACAACUACAUCGCCGUCACCCUCUCCCUCCCCUGCACCUUCCACGCAACCGAAUGCGCAGCCCUCAGCGACCUCCUCGCGCUCGCCCGAGACCCGCAAACCGCCGGCCUCGUCGUGACAAUGCAGUACAAAAGCGCCAUCAUGCCACACCUGGACGAAGCAGACGAGCUCGCAACGUUCAUCGGCGCAUGCAACAACGUCUAUUACAGCGGGAACCGGCUGUGCGGCACCAACACCGACUGGCGCGGGAUCAAGGGGUGUCUCCUUCAAAAGGGCGACGGGGCAAGACGCCCUUCAGCCGGGCGUCCCGGCACGGCGCUGGUUGUGGGCGCCGGGGGCGCGAGUCGCGCGGCCGUGUACGCGCUCAGCCAGCACCUGCACUGCGCGACGAUCUACGUGCUCAACCGCGACGACGACGAGGUGCGCGCCCUGAUCCGCGACGCGGGCAAGCUGCCCGUCGUUCCAGAGAUCACCCCCGUGCGGACGCUAGAGCAGGGGCGGGAACUUCAGUCCAAACCCCCGUACUACGUCGUCGGGAUAGUGCCGGAUCUGGAGCCAACGACGGAGGCAGAGAAGACGGUUGCUGCCAUUCUGGAAUUGUUCCUCGCGCAGCCGGGUAAAGGCGUCCUGCUUGAUAUGUGCUUUAAUCCGCGGCGGACGAGAAUCAUCACGCUGGGCGAGAGGCUGGGGUGGGCGACGGUCGAGGGAACGCAUGAGAUCGGGUAUCAGAUGGAGGAGCAGUGGCGGCUUUGGGCGGGCGAGAAAGCCGCGGCGUUGGAUUGGGAGGGCGCGUGCGCCGUGGAGGGAGCUCCUGCAGGCGGCGGAGGCGAGUCCGGCGAUCAACGAGUGGACAAGUCUGCAUUGCAUGGAUAA